AAGGAAUCGAACACCACGCGCCAAAAAGCGCGUUGAAAAGAGAUCCACUGGAAGCUCACGCAGGGCGGGGCAAAACCGUCUGUCUUGUACAGACGCUGAUUGCCAAGAGCUCAACAUGCAGAAGAGGGCUUAAGCACUUGUCCUUGGAACUGGGUUUGCGUCAGUGGAGAAUGUCAAUGGAUAAGAAGACUGUGAAUCCGGAAGACGGCCUCUGUGUCAGGAAUUUGGAGGAUGAAGUCCCGCUUGGCUCUCUCAGCCCAAUUGAUAGGUACAGUACACCUCCCUCAAUCUCUUCUCAGCAAAAGAACGAAUCCAUGGAGGCUGAUAUUCCCAAUGAAACUAAUGGUUUCACAUCUGGCAUAAAGAAAAAUGAUCUUGAUAUCUGUCCAGUUUCUCCUCUUGCUUCUGGUGAAGGUCUGCCGUAUGCUCCCGUAGAUUGGCCAAAUCCAGGUGAUACUUGGAGCUGGAAGGUGGGGAGGAGAGUAAACAAAUCUGGCUUCUAUCAGGAUAGGUACCUUUUUCUUCCAAGGCGUCUUCAAAACUCCUCACAUAGGAGAGAGAGUUUUUCAAGCAAGCUUUCGCUCAAACGAUAUGUUCAAAAGCAAGACCCAAAUAUCAACAUUGCUGCGUUUUUUGGAUCAUUCAGUUGGAGGGUCCCUCCAAAAAGAGUGACACCUAGUUCUAUUACUCUAGAGUUAUGUCCUCAGCCAGGAAAGGAAGUUGACCAAGAAGUGAGAAAAAAAUCCCCUUUCACCUUACCCAGAAGAAAAAGGAGAGCAGCUAAAUUGCCUGUAACAACCAUAUAUAAGCGACACACUCGACAGUCUACAAAAUGGUUUACCCGAUUCAAUGCUGAUGAUACAGGCAUCAUUGAUUUGUGUUCCCUGAGCAAAGAAUCAGAAACAAGUGAUCCAACAAACCAGGAUUUGAGAAGUACCACUGAUUUUGAGUGUGAUCAAGUUUCUAGCCACCAAGUUCCCAUUUCUCCUGCAGGUAGUUUUGUUGCUUACUGCAACUCCCCUGUUUCCUGUGAUGUGCCCCGUACAGAACUCACUCAAGGAUCAGAAGACAAAGUGAUUCCUGAAGAUUUUGAUAACUUUGUUGAUUCUCUGGAUGAUAUGCUGGCUCAGCCUCUUCCUGAAGCACCAUUAUCCCCACCUGCAACUGAUAAUUAUCAAGCUUUUGAAGACGAAAUUGCAGAGGCUCGAAUAAAACUUUCUUCCUUGCUUGCUAUGGAUUUCCAUCUUUUGGUUUCCUCCAAAGACCUAAAAGAACUUGCAUUGCUGUCAUCCAAGCUUCAGAAGGAUCCUAGCCUUAAUGCUGAUCAACUUUCUAAACUAAAGCUCAUUGAAGAAAUUCCAGUUACUGGUAAGGAUUUUUUGGAGACCAUGCAAAUCAUAGAGGAAGUUAACAAAUUCUUUGCCAACCUGACUUCCAGCAUGGACAAGGCUACUUCACUAAGGAAUGAAUACAAUGCAUCAAAGGAGGAUAUAGCCAUGCUACAGGUUGAUAUAAAUUCCAGCUUAUCAACCUUAGAAGAAAUUGAUGAUCAAAUUGCUAAACUUCAAUCCCGACGAACUGAGCUGAGUACUGCUCUCAAGAUUAAAAAUAAGGAAGUAGCUAAGUUGAUCUCUACUCAGAGAAUGGUAGCUGAUUCUCUUCCCAAAGUUGUGCAUGAGGUUCAGCUUGCAAACUCUAAAAAGCUAGAAUGGGAGCAGAAGAAGAAAAAUGCUUUGAAGCGAGAGGCCGAAAUCCUUGCGAAAAUUGCUCCUCUCAGAGGGUUUUCUCUUUGAAGAAUGUUGGAAUGAAGGAAAAUUCUGGGGAAGAAAUAGAUCCAUCCUGGGACCAAUUUGUUUUAUGAUGUAGUUAAUUCUCCCCCGGUAGUAGACUCUGUUCUUGUAGUAGGUACUAUGACAUGAUUUGAAGCAAUUAUCAUUCAUGCACUGCUUGCUAAUUAAGAGGCCUGUCUGCUAUUAUUGAAUAUCACAUAUUUCAGGA